AAUUUGGCAGCUUUAUGACGGGAAGUUUCAUGCAGCCUGUGCAAGGGUCCGCCCAGCACAAAAGAUUUUCUCUUUAGCUUGCUAAAAGCAAGAAUUAUUCCCUGUUCUUCUUCACAGCAAUCCAGAGAUACAUAUUGGAGCUAUAAAAUAUGAUGGUUAUUUCAGUAAUGAUGAUAUUUGAAUGAAUCUUCCUAUUCCAACAUGUCCGAGUCCUCCGAACACUUUGCUGCUGACUUGUACUGCGAUGAGUCCGCCGGCGAAGUCGUCUCUUCGAACGGCGAACUCUGCUGCUGCAUUCACCCGCCGGCCUAUUCUGAUGAUUUCUCAACCGAAGCUGAGGCCGCCAUUGUCGACCAUAUGUUCGACUCCGAGCUUGACCAAAUCCCGGCGCCUGAGGCUAUGCAAUUGCUCGAACGUAAAGAGAUCGUAACCGCUCGUCGCGACGUCGUCAACUGGAUGUUGAAGGUGCAUUCUUAUUAUAACUUCAGACAUCAAACGGCGUAUCUUUCUGUUAACUACCUCGAUAGGUUCCUAUGUUCUCGAGCUCUGCCGGGAGGGAAAAGAUGGGCGUGGCAGUUGCUGGCGGUGGCUUGCUUGUCGCUGGCCGCGAAAAUGGAGGAAACCAACGUUCCUCUUCUGGUCAACCUGCAAGUUCUGGCUCCAAAGUUCGUGUUCAAGCCCAGAACUGUCCAGAGAAUGGAGCUCCUGGUAAUGGCGAGCCUUCGAUGGCGGUUGCGAGUUAUCACGCCGUUUGAUUUCGUGGAUUACUUCAUCCCCAAGCCUCACUUCUGCGGCGUUUUCUCCAGCGUCUGGGAUUUGAUCCUAGCCACUUGUCGAGUGAUUGGAUUCCUGAAGUAUACACCGUCGACAAUAGCAGCGGCUGCUUUGCUUUACACUGUCGACGGGAAUGUGCCUGAUCGGAAAAUUGUCUUCCUUCAUGACAGAGUGAGCAAAGAGAUGGUGAAAAGAUGCCGGCUAAUGCUGGAAGAGCAUUUGAUCGACGGCGUUCACUGAGGAAGCGAAUUCCGGCAAUGCCCAUUGGAGACGAGAGUGGCGAGUGAAACCGAUCGAGACUGAGAUGGGGAACGCCAAGCAAAUCGUGAAGUUGGAUUGGAUUGCCCACAUAUAUACAUCAAAUCCUACUGUAAAUCUUGUUCGUUUCUUCUGUCAGAAGGCUCCGUUGGUUUGUUUGUUUUGUGGCAGAAUUUCUUUUUCCUUUUUUUUUUUCAUUGGAAUUUGGAAGUUGUGUGUAACAGUGUGUGUAUUUUCCCUCCAAUAAGGUAAUAAUCACAGCUUUAUUCUUUAAAUUUAAGGAACACCCAUGGGCAAGAAACCAUUAGGACGCA